AAAUUACUUUCCCAUUUCAGGCAGCAAUACUAAUAUACCAUGUUUGGAGGAAGAAAGUUUCUAUACCUUUGACUAGCUCCCAAACUAGCACUCCUUUCAUGGAUUCUUGACUUAAUCUCCAGAUUAGCUUGGAUCUAUCUAAUUCCAGAGAAAAAAUGGAAGUGCAAAUUCACUGGCUGCCGACUUUCCGAUCAUCUCCUUCGUUCAAUCGCCGGAGUUCUAGAGAUAUCUGGGUCAUGGGUAAAAGUAAAACCCUAAAUGUGCAGUGUAAAUCCAGAUCUUUUACAAACUUGGAUUCAAUUUUCGACGAUGAAUUCAAGAAGAAGAAGAAUACCCAUUUGACUGAAUUCAGAUUUAGUGAUCAGUUCGAUUCGGAUAUUAAUGAUCAUUUACCGAAAUGGAGAGAAGAGAUCUUAAGGGCGAACAUGGAACUAAAGGCGAACAGUGUUGAUAUUCCUUUCUCUUUACGGAUUAUAAAAAAGAAGAAUCAAUGGAAACAGGGAGUUAAACAAGUAAGUGAAUCAGCUUAUUGUUCGAUGAAGAAAGCAUUUUCUUCAAUGGUUUUUAUAAUCCGUGAACUUCAGAGUUUCUCUAUACAAAUGAGAGAAAAACAAUCAUACGAAAAUCUUCAAGGAAUAAUCGAUUGCGUACAGAGAGAAAUGCACGAUUCAUUUGUCUGGCUUUUUACACAAGUAUUCUCUAAUACACCAACUCUAAUGGUAUCCUUAAUGCUUUUACUCGCCAAUUACAGCGUUUAUUCUAUGUCUAUGCCUUCGUUAAUAUCCCCGCCGCCGGCCGUAGAACAACAACAACAACAACAACAGCAACAGCAUGGGAGAUUCGAUUCAUCGUUGGUUAAAACAUUCUCUGUUUCUUCAACCGGGGGAAGUAACGGAGGUGGAGGGAAAUUCCGUCCGGCGACGGCGAGAGAUGCGGAUGAUGAUAGUUCGGCGGCGGUGGGGAGGAAUUACUUACAAAGGGUUAAUUUGAUGGAUGAAGAUUUGUUGUGGGGUUCGAUUGUGGAUGAAGCUACGAGAAUGAAGGGUGGUUUGGAAGAUGAGAAUUUGCGGUGGUUGGUGGCGCCGGUGACGGCGGUGGUGGAGGAAGACGAUUAUGUGGAUUAUUUUGUGACGGAGAUGAUGUAUCAGACGGGUUUGGCUGGAGACCCGAAUAAUUCAAUGCUUCUUGCAAACUUUGGUCAGUUUCUUUACCUAGUGGCGCGAGAUUUUGACAGAGCUGAAGUAUUUUUCAAAAAGGCGUCGAAUGUAACACCAUUGGAUGCAGAAGCACUAAACAAAUAUGCAAACUUUUUGUGGCAUGCAAGGAAUGACAUUUCCGCAGCCGAGCAAACUUAUUCAGCGGCAGUCUCAGCAUCUCCUACCAAUUCCAAUUAUGCUGCUAUUUAUGCCCAUUUUUUAUGGAGUACUGGCGGUGAGGAAACUUGUAAUCCAACCGAUCAAUCUCCACAACUUCAAUGACAAUUAAAACCAUUAAAUUGUUUAAGAUGACAAAUAAUUGAUCUUGAAAUCCAAAAAUAAAUUGUAAAUUAUCAUUUCUUAAGGAUCUAAACUAUUUUAAUGUUGUCAAAUGAGUUUUUUUUUUAAAUAAUUUAGCUUUUGCU